UAUAUAUCAAAAAAUGGCACCAACUGUCAAAUAUACACAGAUAUUCAUUGACAAUGAAUGGCAUAACUCGGUUAGCGGUAAAACAUUUUCAACAAUAAACCCGACCAACAAUGAAAAGUUGGCCGAUAUUCAAGAGGGCGAUGCCGCCGACAUCGAUAAAGCGGUAAAAGCGGCCAAACGUGCAUUUGAAUUGAACUCUGAAUGGCGUACAAUGGACGCCUCCCAGAGGGGUCGACUGCUUAACCGAUUGGCCGAUCUGAUUGAGAGGGACCGGGAGAUACUGCUGGACUUGGAGGUGGCCGAUGUCGGUAAGCCGAUAGCCGAAGCCGAGUUUGAUAUCGACGGCGUAAUCGGCACUUUUCGCUACUAUGCCGGCUGGGCUGACAAAGUUCACGGCAAUACCAUACCAGCAGACGGCAAACAGUUUGCAUUUACCCGACUGGAGCCGAUCGGUGUUUGCGGCCAAAUCAUACCGUGGAACUAUCCGCUGGUGAUGUUAUCGUGGAAGUUCGGGCCGGCACUGGCCACCGGCAAUACGGUUGUACUGAAACCGGCCGAACAAACACCUCUAUCGGCACUCUAUACGGCCAGUCUGGUCAAAGAGGCCGGGUUUCCGCCGGGCGUAGUCAACAUUGUACCCGGUUAUGGACAUACGGCCGGUGCGGCAUUGACUGGCCAUCCGGAUGUCGAUAAGAUUGCAUUUACCGGUUCGACCGAAGUCGGCAAACUGAUUGUCCGAUCGUCGGCCGCGGACAACAUGAAACGUGUAACACUGGAAAUGGGCGGCAAAUCGCCGCUAGUGGUCACCGAAGACUACGAUCUGGACGAAGCUGUCCGUAUAGCACACGACGCCUGUUUUGCUAACACUGGCCAGUGCUGCUGUGCCGGUACCCGAACUUUUGUACACGAAUCCAUUUACGAUGAAUUUGUCAAACGAGCGGCUCAGUUAGCCCAGUCGCGUAAAUUAGGUGAUCCACGAUUAAGGGAUACCGUACAGGGACCUAUUAUCGAUGACGUACAGGAGCGUAAUGUAUUGGAUCUGAUAGAAAGUGGCAAACAAGAGGGCGCCCAAUUGGUUACCGGCGGUGUCAAAGUGGGUACGAGUGGCUAUUUUGUGGCACCCACUGUUUUUGCCAAUGUUACCGAUGAUAUGCGUAUUGCACGUGAAGAAAUCUUUGGACCCGUUCAGCAAAUAUUGAAAUAUAAAUCAUUGGAUGAAGUGAUCAAAAGAGCAAAUACAACACAAUAUGGUUUAGGUUCGGGUAUACUGACCAAUGAUCUAAAUAAAGCACUGGUAUUUGCACAGGGAGUCAAAGCCGGAUCCGUUUGGGUUAACUGUUACGAUACGGCAGCGGUUCAGACACCGUUUGGCGGCUAUAAGAUGUCCGGUUAUGGCCGUGAAUUGGGCGAAGACGGCAUUCGGGAGUAUACAGAGUGUAAGGCUGUGACCAUUAGGAUUCCCGUUAAAAACGACGAAAACAAAACAAUUGUCGAUCCGAUGCCGCCGCCGAUGACAGUUGUGUCCAACACUGCCGGACCACCCGAUACUAGUGUGUUGUUGUCCGACAAAAACAGCAACAAAAAUGUCAAACAAGUGGCCGAUUUGGCGGCCAAACAGACAAUCGGGACCAACAACGGCGGACAAACAGAUUCAAUGAUUCCCAAUGAAAAAUCUAUUAAAGAAUCCAUUGAUUUGGUCGCCGAACAGGCUGUCUGGUCACUGGAUCGGGCCAUCGACCGUGCAAUGGACAGUGGUAUUCAUAAAGGAUAUCAAAUGGCCGCUCAAUCGGUCCGUGAAGAGGGCGUCAAAGCCAAGGCUAAAGCAUACAAUGAGUUGUCGGCAAUGGUCGACCAGAUUGUCGGUUCAGUAGCCGCCGAACGGCAAUCUAGUGUCCGUUAUUUGGCCAACAAAGCUUUACAUUUGGCGAUGAAAACCAUAGAAAAUGCCCGAUCGGUGGCAGUCAUUGAUGCCCUCAAUAAGUUGGCCAAAGAUGCCUUAACCAUGUCUUCCUUCUCAUCGACAACCGUUGCCACCAGUCUUGCAGAUGGUUUGACAAUAACAACAACAACAACUGUUAAGCCAGACAUCGAUGACAGCAAACCAUCAAAACAACAGACAUAUUUGGCACCAACUUCUUCUUCUUCUUCUUCUUCUUCUCCAACAAAAAAAGACGACGACAUCAAUGUCAAGAAAAAUGUUUUUCUUCUUCAAACAUCGAUAGCAGCGGUAAAAGCGGCCAAACGUGCAUUUGAAUUGAACUCUGAAUGGCGUACAAUGGACGCCUCCCAGAGGGGUCGACUGCUUAACCGAUUGGCCGAUCUGAUUGAAAGGGACCGGGAGAUACUGCUGGACUUGGAGGUGGCCGAUGUCGGUAAGCCGAUAGCCGAAGCCGAGUUUGAUAUCGACGGCGUUAUCGGCACUUUUCGCUACUAUGCCGGCUGGGCUGACAAAGUUCACGGCAAUACCAUACCAGCAGACGGCAAACAGUUUGCAUUUACCCGACUGGAGCCGAUCGGUGUUUGCGGCCAAAUCAUACCGUGGAACUAUCCGCUGGUGAUGUUAUCGUGGAAGUUCGGGCCGGCACUGGCCACCGGCAAUACGGUUGUACUGAAACCGGCCGAACAAACACCUCUAUCGGCACUCUAUACGGCCAGUCUGGUCAAAGAGGCCGGGUUUCCGCCGGGCGUAGUCAACAUUGUACCCGGUUAUGGACAUACGGCCGGUGCGGCAUUGACUGGCCAUCCGGAUGUCGAUAAGAUUGCAUUUACCGGUUCGACCGAAGUCGGCAAACUGAUUGUCCGAUCGUCGGCCGCGGACAACAUGAAACGUGUAACACUGGAAAUGGGCGGCAAAUCGCCGCUAGUGGUCACCGAAGACUACGAUCUGGACGAAGCUGUCCGUAUAGCACACGACGCCUGUUUUGCUAACACUGGCCAGUGCUGCUGUGCCGGUACCCGAACUUUUGUACACGAAUCCAUUUACGAUGAAUUUGUCAAACGAGCGGCUCAGUUAGCCCAGUCGCGUAAAUUAGGUGAUCCACGAUUAAGGGAUACCGUACAGGGACCUAUUAUCGAUGACGUACAGGAGCGUAAUGUAUUGGAUCUGAUAGAAAGUGGCAAACAAGAGGGCGCCCAAUUGGUUACCGGCGGUGUCAAAGUGGGUACGAGUGGCUAUUUUGUGGCACCCACUGUUUUUGCCAAUGUUACCGAUGAUAUGCGUAUUGCACGUGAAGAAAUCUUUGGACCCGUUCAGCAAAUAUUGAAAUAUAAAUCAUUGGAUGAAGUGAUCAAAAGAGCAAAUACAACACAAUAUGGUUUAGGUUCGGGUAUACUGACCAAUGAUCUAAAUAAAGCACUGGUAUUUGCACAGGGAGUCAAAGCCGGAUCCGUUUGGGUUAACUGUUACGAUACGGCAGCGGUUCAGACACCGUUUGGCGGCUAUAAGAUGUCCGGUUAUGGCCGUGAAUUGGGCGAAGACGGCAUUCGGGAGUAUACAGAGUGUAAGGCUGUGACCAUUAGGAUUCCAGUUAAAAAUUCAUAG